AUGGCCGACAAGCGCUGGAUUCAGCAGGUUCGCCAGCCAUCGGAGCCGCGGGGCCUGGUUCCGGCCGCUCCUGGAGCCGGAGGGCACGGAGGGCUCAGGCGCCGCUGGAGGAUCCGCACGUAUCGCCGUGAAGAGAAGGCACAACUACGCUCCUCGCCUCGGCCAAAAAAACUGGAAAAACUCGGAGUGCUGAAGGAGCCUGUAAGUGCAAUGGCUGGAAAAGUCAGAACCCCCCCUCCUACACCUCCUCAAACGAGCAGCAGUCCAACGCCGUCAACCUCCAGGAGCCCUGUCGGAGCUGCUCUCACACUUUGGGUGAUCCAUGUGACCCAUCUAGAAAAUGUUUCAGAGGAGGAAAUGAACAGACUUCUUGGUAUUGUUCUGGAUGUUGAGUAUCUGUACACGUGCAUUCACAAAGAGGAGGAUGCUGACACUAAACAAGUCUACUUUUCCCUCUUCAAACUGCUGAGGAAAUCCAUCCUACAGAUGGGUAAACCGAUGUUAGAAGCACAGGAGAGUCCGCCGUUUGAGAAGCCCAGCAUCGAACAGAUCAACUACUGGCAGCUGGAAACGCCCUCUCAAAGACGCCAAAGGGUGCCCAACGAUGAUGCGGCUGGAUACAAAGUCAACUACACCAGAUGGCUCUGCUACUGCAAUGUGCCUCAGUUCUGUGACAGCCUCCCCCGCUACGAGACCACUCAGAUCUUCGGGCGCACGCUUUUGCGCUCUGUCUUCACCGUGAUGAGGAAACAGCUGCUGGAGCAGGCCAGACAGGAGAAGGACAAGCUUCCUCCUGAGAAACGCACACUCAUUCUUACACACUUUCCCAAGUUCUUGUCCAUGCUGGAGGAGGAGGUUUACAGUCACAGCUCUCCGAUCUGGAGCCAAGACUUCUUGGCAGGAGCGGCAGGAGGGCAGAUUCCUAUCCACCCAGUUGGAGAAAAGCGUAAACCCUCUGAGCCUCUUUCCCAUGAGGAAAACAAGAGACCCAGGGUGGUUGGCGACAUCCCCAUGGACCUCAUCAACGAAGUCAUGGCCACUAUCACUGAUCCUGCCGCCAUUCCAGAGACCAGCCUGUUAUCAGCUCACUCUGCACGUGACGAAGCCGCGCGCCUGGAGGAGCGCAGGGGGGUGAUUGAAUUCCACGUCAUUGGGAAUUCCCUAAACCAGAAGCCCAAUAAGAGGAUCUUGAUGUGGCUCGUUGGCCUUCAGAAUGUGUUCUCCCAUCAGCUUCCCGCAUGCCCAAGGAGUACAUCACACGGCUGGUGUUUGAUCCGUGAGUGUAACUCUACCUCAUCGUCACGCGUUAGGAAGCACAAGACACUUUCACUGAUCAAGGACGGGAGAGUGAUUGGAGGGAUCUGCUUCCGGAUGUUUCCAUCGCAAGGCUUCACAGAGAUCGUCUUUUGUGCCGUCACCUCCAACGAACAGGUCAAGGGUUUCUCAAAAGACAUCAAGGUACCCAAGUCCAAGUAUGUGGGCUACAUCAAGGAUUAUGAGGGAGCCACGCUCAUGGGCUGUGAAACUCAACCCCAGCAUCCCUACACAGAGUUCUCUGUCAUCAUCAAGAAGCAGAAAGAGAUAAUCAAGAAGCUGAUUGAGAGGAAACAGGCUCAGAUCAGAAAAGUCUAUCCAGGGCUGUCCUGUUUUAAGGAUGGAGUCCGGCAGAUUCCCAUUGAGAGCAUUCCUGGCAUACGUGAAACUGGCUGGAAGCCUGUGGGCAAAGGGAAGGAACUGAAGGACCCCGAUCAAUUGUAUAGCACCUUGAAAACCAUCCUCCAACAUGUGAAGAGUCACCAGAAUGCCUGGCCUUUCAUGGAGCCUGUGAAGAAAACAGAAGCACCUGGGUACUACCAAGUCAUACGCUUCCCCAUGGACUAUGAGCGAGCGUCUAAAGAGCCGGUACUACACCACACGCAGCUUUUUAUGGCUGACAUGCAGCGAAUCUUCACAAACUGUCGUGAAUACAACCCUCCAGAGAGCGAGUACUACAAGUGUGCCAACUUACUGGAGAAAUUCUUCUACACUAAGAUCAAAGAGGCAGGCCUAAUCGAAAAGUAG